GCUUGAUCUCCAAAACCUCGCUAGACCUCUGCCGUCCUUCUGCAUCCGAUCAGCUGGUGGCCUUAACUUUCUGAUAUUCUCACCAUUCGUCAUCGCUGUGAUUGUCAUCGUUUACUCAGCAACAUCGCUACAUUGACGUCUGCUCACAAAAUGUUCACUUCUUGCCUGUUAGUAGUAGGCUUAGCCACUGCUUAUGCUGCUGAAAGUAUACCACCUUUCAACAUUCAAAAUUAUGAACUCGUGGAAAUGUCGAAGAAAUUGCGAGAUGCUGAUGACAACAAAGCCCAGCCUGGUCAGAUUUACAUCAGUUAUCAAGCACACACUACCACAAGAAAUGAUGAAGAUAACGCUAGACGAGACUUUUUUACAAAAGUGGAUCCAGCACUGCUCAGAAAGACAAGCUACAACCAGUUUAUCGCUUUGACAAACAAUUUCGCUAGGGACACCGGCAUUUCCGAGCCAAGAGUUUCAGUGGCGGAGGAGAAGAGAGAGACAUCUACAUUUUUGACCACCAUACUUGAAUCAAAGCCAUGGAAAGUCCUCUAUGCCUUCCUGCGCAAGAAAAACCAUCCAUUUGCAAAAGAUCCAAUAACAUUCCGUUACUGGAUGGCACAAUUGUGGUUCGUUCAUUAUUCACGCGCUCGAGGCAGAGCCGAUACCUCAGGCUUCGAGCAUGUUUUUAUUGGAGAGGUGAAAAACCAUGAAAUCACAGGAAUGCAUAACUGGAUCCGCUUUUAUCAGCUGGAAAAGAAUGAGACUGAAGAAUUUGACUACAAAGGAUACGUCAUAAAACGAGGAAAUGUGAUGGCAUCUCUCAAAUUCACCUGGAAAGGAGAUCUAAAGCGAUCUGGAUCGUUGCUAAUAGGAACGUCUCCCGAAUAUGAUAUGGCGUUGUACACGCUGUGCUUCUUAUCCCGACGUGGACGUCAGCAGUGCGAUGUUGAGAUCGACGGCUGUCCACUCGCUAUCACCAGUUUUGACAUUGUUCAAAAUAAUAAGGUUUUCAUUGGCUCAAUCUUCCCCACAGCAGGUCCCAUCACUAAAAAGUGCAGAGAAUUUGGAGGACGACUGACAAUCUAACAGCCCAGAAUGUUACAAGAAGUU